AUGGGACCUGUUGAGGAAAUGAAGCCAGGAAACCAAACCGUCACUACUCACUUCUUACUUUUGGGGUUUGCCUUCCACGGCAAGAUGCAGCUCCUAUUUUUCUCACUGAUUUCCAUCAUGUGCCUGGCCAUCUUGAUAGGGAACUCUCUAAUUGUUGUGAUCACAACCAUUGACCCUGUCCUACACACACCCAUGUACUACUUGCUGAAGAAUCUUGCCUUGACAGAGAUCUGCUACAGCCUGAGCAUUGUCCCCAAGAUGCUGGCGAUUCUGGUGGCGGAGAGAAAAAUGAUUUCCUUCACAGCUUGCGCCUUGCAGCUCAACUGCGUUCUUCUUUUUGUCACCUGUGAGUGUUUCCUCUUAGGUGCAAUGGCUUACGACCGGCAAGCGGCAAUAUGCCAUCCCUUGCAUUAUGCCACCAUGAUGAACAGGGAUCGCUGCUUCAAGAUGGCAAUUGGGUCUUGGCUGUCUGGUGUCCCUGUGGCUCUGGGCUUCACCUCAUGGUUAUUUACCCUGCCCUUCUGUGGGAGAAACACAGUCGAUUAUUUCUUUUGUGAUGUUUCUCCUGUGUUGAAGCUGGUGUGUGCAGACACAGCCUUGUUUGAACUACUGAUUUUUAUCGCUACUGUCAUAAUAGUGAUGGUUCCCUUUUCUCUGAUAGCCGUCUCUUACCUUCGCAUUAUCCAUGCUGUUCUUCAGAUACCCUCGGCUGUGGGCCAGAGGCGAGCCUUUUCCACCUGUGCAGCUCACCUGGUGGUAGUGACUCUUUUCUACAGCACAACUGGCAUCAUUCACCUGCGACCCAAGUCCAGCCUCUCAUCCAACGUGAAGAAAAUGGUUUCCCUGUCUUACACAGUUGUCACCCCCAUGCUCAACCCCAUCAUCUACAGCUUGAGGAAUCAGGAAGUCAAGCAAAGCCUGAGGAGAUGCGUUGACAAGUGCUUACUUAGGAAGCCGAUGGCUGUUUUUUCUCCAUCCAGGUGA